GUUCUGCUUCAGUUUACAGAAAAGGAGUGAAGAAAAAUUCGUAGAAAAGAUGUCGUGUAAUUCAGGCACCUGCGAAUCCGGUUGCUACAGAGAAGAAUAUUCCGGCGACGACGUCCGCCACAACCGACCGCUGGUGACGGGAAACUCUCAGGAGUCUAAUGGCGUUUCUUCACGUGGCGGCUAUUCCAACUCUCACGGCCUCUGCAUUAAGUGCAAGGUUAAUGAAACCAUCGCCUCCACCCACCAAUCUGUCGCUGCAGGCGGAGGAGACAGCAUUAGAUUUUGUGCUGAUUGCUUCCGGAGUAAUUUGUUUGGGAAGUUUCGGUUUGCAGUCACUUCUAAUGCUAUGAUUUCGCCUUCCGAUAAUGUUCUCGUUGCAUUCUCUGGUGGUCCUGGCUCUAGGGUGGCUCUUCAAUUUGUUCAUGAGAUGCAACACAAAUCACAGAAGAAUUUUGAUGCAAGUAGAGAUCGAUCAUUGCCAGUGUUUGGGGUCGGUGUUGCUUAUAUUGAUGAAAGUAUCAUUUUUCCGAUACCUUCUAAUGAUUUUGAUAGUGGACUUGAUGAGAUGAAACUCAUUGUGUCAAGUUUAGCUCCACCUGCAAAACAGUUCUUUGUUGUACCGACUGAAAGUAUUUAUUCACCUGAUUGUGCUGCUGGGAGGGACCAAUUGACAAAGUUAGCUUCUGCUGUCAACGAUGUUACUGGAAAAGAAGAUCUCCUGGAGCAUCUGCGCAUGCUAUCUUUGCAAAAGAUUGCUACUGAAAAUGGGUAUGCAAAAAUCGUGCUAGGAACAUGCACAUCGCGGAUAGCCUGUCAUGUCCUUGAAGCAACAAUCAAGGGCCAGGGUUUCUCAUUAUCUGCAGAUAUCCAAUAUGUUGAUGCAAGGUGGGAGAUACCUGUGAUGCUUCCCCUUCGUGACUGUCUGUCAGAGGAGCUGAAUACCUUGUGCAGUCUGGAUAGUUUAAAGACCAUAGAAGUGUUUCAGCAACCUCGUUCUGGCAUCAAUGGGUUGAUAGCCUCCUUUGUGAAAUUAUUGCAGCAUGAGAAUCCUUCACGAGAAAGCACAAUUGUAAGGACGGCAGGGAAGCUCACGCCUUUCUGUUUCAACAGGAUUCCUGAAGUUGGCCAUGAUAAUGGUCAUUUGGCUUCUCAGAGGAGGCAAAAGAAAUACAACUUGAAACCUAAUGAAUCUCUACCUCCAGAGUCUUUUUGCAUUAUAUGCAACAGCCCACUGAAGAAAUCUGGCAAUACAAUCUUCAACGACCUUGACGAUGGGGAAACAAGGGCUGCAGCUGCAUGCUCAAGUUGCCAGUAUCAGAUUCUUCCUAGGGACCUCUCAUCUUUGGAGUACUUCUAUUCACUCCUCCCUCAGUCAAUGUGUGCCCGGGCAAGGGAUAGCAGUAUCAGCCAUGAGUUGUUGAGAGAUCAAAUACAGGACUGUCUGUUAUCAGAUAGCAAUGAUGGAACCUGAAUCAAUGACCUCCCUUCAUCAAUAUUAAUUUGAAAAAGGUAUUUUUUGACAAUGUUGUCAUGUCCCGAUGGUUGACUAGCCAAAGAGGAGGCAGUGACAGGCAGCUGGAAGCAGGAUAAAUGGAGAGUGAAAUCAAUCCUACAUUCGCAAAUGAGGUUGUUCUGGCACCUAGAUCAGACAACAGAGGAGACAAUCAAUCUUGAAUUUUGAUGCGAGUCCUGGAAUGUAUUAGUUUAACACAAAUUCUGGUACUAGGUGUUAUAAAGAUAGCUUGGUUCUAAAACAAUCUUUUUUCUGGAAGAUGUAGCGACAGUAUCUCAAAGUAAUUUCUGGAAGAUGUAAUGACGGUAUCCCAAAGAAAGCAUGAAAAGUUCAGCGGGAAGCUCUAUUAUUCCCCCUGUUUUGAGGGGAAAAUAGCAGGGGUUGAAAUUUCAAGAUCCACGGCAGCCAAAAUGUUUUCACUGAAACUUGUCUGCAU